ACCACUUCCCCGCUCUGCCGUAUAUAACCUCCCAAACCGAAAGACUUCGAACAGUCCAAGCAUUCCGUUCUUUUGAUGGUUUAUGGAAUACCAGAUGAUAUGGGUUAUAGUACCCUUGAUGAUGAUCCUUGAAUCGGUGUCUCCCCUAUGAGCAUCAUGACUCCUUUACGACUUCUUUUGACCCUCUGUGGCCUGAUCAUAUCGAUCGUCCUUCUGAUCAACGUUCGUCUCCCCUCCCGGUUCGAGUCCGAUACGUCUCCUUUCGGCGAUUCAGGUUGGCAACCAGGGUAUGGCGGACCUAACCGCUCAGGAAGCUUGCGCUCGCUCUUCUCCUUCCACACCCCACUCUUUGCGCCUUCGGCGAUCAUCAGCCUCACAAACGACAAUUCGACCUUUUUCUUGGCCAGACCUGCGGCGUUUGGACCUCUAUUGCCCUCAACGGGUUUGAAUGGACAGUUAUGGAUUGCUCCUGGGUUUACGGACGACAGUCCAUUACGGAGAAAAAGUCGGGACGGCAGCACCCUACCUAACGGAGAACUUGGAUGUACGGAUAUUCCGGGGUGGAGUGAAAAGCUUGGAAGGGUCUCCGACUCCGAAGACUGGCAGAACGAAAGGAGUUCUGGCGAUCGACAAAUGGAAGGAUUAUCCAAAGGAACGACCAACUCCAAGAGUCAGCUCACGGAGGGGGAAACCGUGGAUCCGACAAUCAGCCCUUCAAACGUGAAGCCUACAGUAGGCGGAGCCCAUCGGAAUAGGGUUGGCCCCAGGAGAGAUGUUCGAUUUUUGCAAGAGUCAGGAGAGAUAUUCGGAAAAGUGGUCCUCAUUUCCAGGGGUGGAUGCAGCUUCUUUGACAAGACAAUGUGGGCUCAACGUCGAGGAGCUGUUGCGCUCAUGGUUGGCGACCAUGUUCCUGGAGGACCACUCGUGACCAUGUACGCCAACGGCGAUACCUCGAAUGUGUCCAUACCGGCCAUAUUCACGAGCUAUACGACUGCUCAUCUGCUCUCAACUUUGACUCCGGUAGUGAUGCCGAUGGAUGGUAUACUUCCAAGCCACGAUGGAGUCGACGCUCGCUGGGCACCGUCUAACCGUGCCUCUGAUGUCCCAGAGCAAGAUGGAAGUCAUCCUACAUCUCGGUCAGGAGUUUCUGCAUAUCCACCGAAUUCCCAAUUGCGAGGUCGCCAAUCUCCAUCCCUCACCCAGUGGCUCUAUGGGUUGUUCAUUCGUAGAGCACCCCUUCCAGGCCGGACACGGUCGGGCUUAUCAGCGAAAUCGAUGGAGGAAUCCAACAUUCCAACUGAUUUCGGUGAUUCGAACCGGCUGUCCACUAGUCGGUUGGAGGAAACAAGCAAUGGACGCUCUGGCAUAAAACCGAGAGUUGGUAAAUCGCCUGGAUCAUCGUCAGUGACAUUGGACCAAGAUUCAAACGGGUUCAUGGAUGGGGUUCGUAAUUGGCGUAACCUUCACCCGUUUCCUGAUGCCGUGGAGUCAGAAGAACCGGGAAAUCGAAAUGGAUUCAAUGACGAUCUCCGUCAAAAAGAGCCUUCCAACAUUGUUCAGGGGAAGUCGAUCCGACCAAGCGAAUGCGUCAUUACUCCUGAAAGUGGAGAAUACAAAGGGGUCUCUUGUGUGACCAACGGUGCUGCACUUAGAAGUGCCGUCCCAACCACGAACAAAGGGCAUUCGUUUACUUCAUGGUUGGGUAUACACGUUUCAGGGUCCGGCCCAAACGAUUUGCCGUCCUCCCCCAACGACGACAUUCCCCCCACGCAAUUUUCUCGUCAAUACAUCCAUCCUCACAAAGAUUCGAAAACGAACCAAUCACAACAAAACCUUCAGCUAGGAGUCUGGGUCACUUUAACCCCGACUUCUAUCUCAUCAUCCCCCUUUCUUGACACUCUGUUAGUUCUAGUGGUAUCUCCAUUAAUCACUCUCACAGUUGUCUAUGGAUUACUUGUACUGCGUAAUCGUAUUCGCCGGAGGCAUUGGCGGGCACCUAAGAAGAUCGUUGAACAACUACCAGUUCGUGUAUACCGCGAACAUCAACCAUCUCAAUCCAGAGAAUACGCGCCUCCUGUGCAAACACCUUCCCCUCUUGAACCGUCAACUUCACAAGUCGACGAACGCACACCGCUUCUAUCAAGGUUUCAUCAGAAUCCGGACAUAUUCGGAUUUGGCGCAAUGGAUCCGGGACCAUCCUCAUCGGCACCCGAUGAACAGUACUUGUAUCCAGCUUGGCGGCCUUCUUCGGGAGUUCGCGAUGGAGCAGCGGGGCCGAGCCUUCGAGGCAAAGGCCCAGCGCAAGCGCAAGCGCAAGCCGGACCGCAAGCCGGACCGCAAGCCCGACCUCAAACCCGACCGCAAGCCCGACCACGAGGCCGGCAGCUACACGCUGAUCCAUCCAAGCGGGUCAGCUGGAGCGAAACACCUGGUCGAGCGCUUGAUUGGCUUAAGGGGCAGCAAGCCGACCAAGACGCAGAAGCAGCGAGAAACCCCUGGAUCCCGAGCAAGCGAACGCCUGUCUGGUCAUUCCAAGCUAGACAAUCAGUCCAAUUCCAACCUCUCCACUCCAGACGACCAGUCUGGAAACGCGUCCUCCGUCGAAUAGUCCCGUGGGCACAUUGGCCUAGUGAUGCUAGCGACGUGAGCGACUUUAGCCAGGAGACGUUCUACCCCGAGUCCAUUCCGGAAUGGCUUCAGAAUUAUGAGGAGCCAGAUGACUUUAAUUCCCGUUUUCCUAUUCCUCAUUAUCCACAGAAAACCUGCCCGGUUUGUUGCGAGGACUACGUUGAAGGCAUCUGUCUGGUCAUGACUCUUCCAUGUGGCCAUGAGUUCCAUAAGGAUUGCGUGUAAGUCUUUCCUAUCAUCCUUACGAGGACCGUACUGACUAACUGAUAGGACGGAAUGGCUCGUUUCGAGGCGUGGAGUCUGCCCCAUU